UAAAGAAGAGUCCCAGCCCAGCAGCCCAGCAGCAGAUGAUUCUCCGUGUUUCACAUCGACGGGGACCAAUGUUCAUUUUCUGCCUCGUGAAAGUUUCCAUUCGACACAUCUAGAGUACGUUUUGUUUUUUUAUGAAAGAAGCUCCACUUUCAUGGCUCGACUUUGACAAAAACUAAAACUGCCGGAUCCGAGAGUCCAGAUUUACGCUGCGCACACAGACUGGGACACAGAUACAUGCUGCGUGAGAUCUUUCCCCAGUACAUGUGUUUUUGUUGUUGUUCUGAACCAGCUGUCCAAAAGCUGCGAUGUCGUCAAAAAUGCAGAGCUCCAGUAGCACAGCUCAGGCCCGGCGGAUGGUGCAGCAGCUGAGGAUAGAGGCCAGCUUCGAGAGGAUAAAGGUGUCCAAGGCUUCAUCGGACCUUAUGCGCUACUGUGGAGAACACGCCAAGAAUGACCCGCUGCUCAUGGGCAUCCCCGCUUCAGAAAACCCUUUCAAGGACAAGAAGCCUUGCACUGUUUUGUAGGGGAACACCUGAACUCCUGCUGCUUUCCUUUUGAUUAUUAUGUGGGGAAAAGGAUGUAAGUAAUACUAUUCACAUUUUAACCUAAGGCCAGUGUACUUAGCUUUCCCCAUGCCUGCUGUAGUUCAAGGAAUGUGCAGUCAAAUGGCAGUUACACCAAAGACCAGGCAGAAGUCUGAAGCUCUAAUUAUCAAAGCACACAUAAACAAGCCCCCUCAAUCAUUGUUCCAAUCAGACUUAGGCUUUCAGUUUUUCACCUCUUACUUUGUCAGGCUUGCUUCAGGAAACAGUUGUUGUAUGUUGUUUGCUACUGAUAAUGAGCAGCCGAGAUAAUGAUAUCCUGUCACCGGACGAGUGAACUGUGCUGUCCAUCACAUGAAGACAAAUAGAAAGAGCGAAGGUCCAUUGCCACUGUUGCACAGCUCCUGCUUUAUUUUUUUUGUCAUCUAGUUACAAUCAUAAAUAAUAGUCUUUAAAAAUUGACCAUUAAAUUGGUCUCAACUCUCUAUUAGCACAAACAGAGCAAUCAAAUUGUCCUGACAUGUAUAAUUUAAAAUGUUGACUAGAUUUUUAUUUAAGAUAAGAUAUUGAGAAUUGCUUUUGCCAGUGUUAGGAUAUAGUAGCCUAAUCAUUUUAAAUAAUGAUAAAAUUACUGAAUUUUUGUUUUCUGUUUUUCCUGUUCCUUCGAGCUAGUUGCAUUUCCAUAAUACGACAGACUUUCAAUAACUACUUCAAUUAAAUCCAAUGCGAAGCUAUUAAAUAUCAUAAAUGUGAUGUCUAAAUUGUGAAGUUUUAUUACCAGAGGGGUGAAGUCUCUUGACAUAACAGGCUAAGUGUCUCUUUUAUAUUUACUUUUUUCUUUGUAUUGGCCUUAGAAAUGUAUGUUAAACUCCAACUAUCUCUAAAAAUGAAAUAUAUACAGAUAAAAGUGCCGUUAUGAACUUUUGAGAUCACUGUACAUUGUGCGUGACCAUUUUGAAAGAGGUAUUCCUUCAUUUUAUAUUUUAUUACGAGGCCAUCAUUGCUGAAAAAAAGAAUUCAAGACCAAUCUGUGCCAUCUUAUCAGAUAUAUACUGUAUAUAUAAACCUAUUUAAGGUCACUAUGUUCUGUCUGCAGAGCCGAGUCUUAUUACUGUUCAGGCACCAGGUGACUGAAACUCUUGAGUUUGAAACAUUCCAUGUUUACAACUUUUAUUUUAAUUUUAUUGAGAGAACCUUUGACUGGCAGUGUGUAGCUGUGACAUUGUGUCAUUUGUGUGUCGGUGCUCAUGCACAACAUAAGCAACUCAUUUUGCAAUUUUACCAGCAAGUCCCUAAAUAAUGAAAUUACCUUUUAGUCACACAAGUGCUGUUGUCUAAUACUGUGAAUACAGUGAGGGGAGUACAUCUCUGUGUGACAUCAUAUUUCAGAAUGACACUGUUCAAUAAUGAAUUGCAUUAAGAUAUAUCUCAUGAUACAUAGUGUGGCGCAGUAUGUAUGUCCAUGAACCACAGCUUUAACUGUUUAAUGUAACUUACUUUAUAGGAUUGUACUGAUUCAGUCAAACCUUAUUCUUGAAUUGCUGUCUUUUAUUCAACUUUUUGAAUAAAAACUGAAUGUGUUUUAUUUUGGUUGAUGAUGUACUUGGUUGAUUUAUACUAGUGAAUAUAAAUAUGUGUUUUUAGCAGAAAAACUAUUACAAUAUUUGUGGUUUCUCACAACUGGUGAGUGUCUGUAACAACUUACUGUGUGUCAUGUUGUGCCUUUUACCUGUUUUUGGUAACUGCAAAUAAACCUAUGGAGUACAAGU